ACUUUCUGUGUUUGUUCCAUAAUCUCAUUCCAUGAACAUGUGCCUCAUUUCUAUGCCAUGGUCUCUAAAAUGUCAUUGUGAUCAUAAUUUGUGCAGGGGGAAAAAGUGAUUUAGCAUGUGAGCUUGCUUAGUUUUCAGAUGGCCAGUGUUCUCAUCUUGCUAAUCCAUCUUGCACAGUGUGAUUGAUAAUAGAGAUCAUGUGUAAUUAACCCAAAAUGAUGGGAAAAAACAUUAGUUUAAAAACAAAACACUUCACCAAAACAUUUGAAAAAUGAUAAAAUAAACGUAGAGCCUAAAUUUGUUGAAACAGAACAACUUUCAUGCUAAAAAGACUUUAUGCUGGUGGUGGGGAGAGGGAUGUACCAAAAGACAUGCUUACAAAAUUUACUAAUCCUGUUUAUAUGCAUAGAAGAUAUUAACUUAUUUUCCUGAGCUAAAUAAUUAACAUUACGUCCUUGUUCAAAUACUCUCUUUUUAGCCUUCAACCAUGAGUUUCUCUAUGUCUUUUCUCUCUUUUUCCCUUUGUCUAAUAUUUGUUUGAGUGGAAUAAGGGGUCAAGAGAGGCAGUGUUAUAGUGGAAAGAACACUAGUCUCUGAACCGAGAGAUUUGUUUCUAAUUUUAGUCUUGGCCCUAUCACUAACUGAAGGUUGUAGAUUGGAAACAGAGCCCCAAAGGUAACAGGUAUGUGGUAUGCUUAUAUGGGUAUAAACCCAGAGUGAGAAAAAGAAAACAAAUAUCCUAAGCAGAAAGGAAAUUGAUUGAAGGUGGUCUUGAACAUCAGUUGGAGAACAUACAUAUUGGGGAAAAGAAGGGAUUCACAAAUUGAAGGAAUAUCUUAUAUUUGAGGGAAGUAAUUCUAGGAAGAAGUCAACAUCAUUUACUAAAAAGGAAAAAGAUAGAUGUUUCUAUUUUGGGGACUUUGAGAAGUACUUCUAAGACCGCACUAAUUAUAUCACUUCCAUGGUUGAAAGCCUGACCCUGGUAUGAAAAAUACAAGGACACAAGGCUGAACAUUUUGAGUGAUGGUCAAAGUUUAAUUCAAGGCUUCGUUUUAAUAUGAUUGCUUCUUGUAAAUAAUACAGUGCCCAUGACUGAUCCUAAGCCAUAAAUGUUUUACUGUCCUUCUUCCCCUUUCACCACUACUCCUUCCAUAAAGCACUUUCAUAUGCUUACGCUAGGUCUCAUACAUACAUCUCCUUUCAGCUCUCAGGGACUGCUAAAACUCAAAAGCAGUUUGUUAAAUUAGUCCUAAAUUGAGCAUCUAAAAUGUGGCCAUUUCCAGGGGUAAUUACAUUUGAAUGGUAUCUCAGGGUAGCCUUUAAGACUUUUGGAGCAAAUUUAAUCAUAUUUGGGGAAUUUCAGGCCUCAGGUUGGUUGGGAGUGUCAUGGGGGUAUAAAUGGAAAUGUAAUCCCUCAAGUCAUAGUUGGUAGGUAAGGAAGCAGUUUCCACACCUACUCCUAUGGCCUAAUACUCUUUCUUGAAAUUGUGGAAUCCCUCUUAUUCAAAAGGCCCUUUUCACACCCUCUAUUUCUGGAAUUUAUUACCUCCCUUUUACUUGAGGUUCUCCUUUGGAGGAAUCUUAUCCCUAUUUUGCCAUUUUGCCUUUGGAGUGUUCCUGUGGCUCUUAUUGCUAUGUUAUUUAGAACUUCCCACAGAGAGCUGAUGCAAAUGGAAAUAGCUUGCUUGGAGCAGCCAGUCAGUUAAGGCCACCCAUAGUGCAAUAAAACUUUUGGAAGUGUCCUUGGAUACUGCUUAAAGAUAAGGGUGGAAUGAAAAUCUUGCUUUGAAGUUGAACAAAAAGAUUUUCUGGUUGUUUUCACAAGGAUGGCCAUACACCCUGCAGUAUGCAGACCAGCCUCUGCACGUCUUAGUAGGGGAUUUUCCUAAGGAGGUUUGGGCAAAAAAGUCCAAUAUUCUGUGCUGAUGAAUUUCAGGAGCCAGGCUAAUCUUUGGAGUACAGACACAUAGCCCUGGUUCUUACCAAAAAAAAAAAAUCUUUCCAGCUUGAAAGGACCUGCCAGGAUGAAAGAAAAGUUAUGAGAUAUUUUUACAUGUUUACACAGGAGAGACAGUAUAGUAGUAGAGGGAUGAUCUCAGAGUUAGAAAGUAUUGCCUCUAACAUAUCCUAGAUUUGUAUCCCUAAAGAAGUCACUUAAACUCUCUAGGCAACUCUAAGACUUAUUUACAGAGCAGGUGCUGACUUCCAAAAUGGGUGGAAGUAGGUAGUUCUCUUAACUAGAGUUCUUUAUGCAAUAAAAUCACGACUUAUUUUUAAAAAGUGCAUUCCCAUGUGCACCUAUCUGAACAUAGUCAACACACGUUGAAUUUUGUAAUAUAUGUAUUUUAAUACAGCAAUAUAAAUGAUACACCCAGAUUAAAAUUAGUUUUAGACUAUAUAUGUAGGAGAAACGGGCCAAUGGGAAGUCAAGAAGCUAACCUCGGAGCAUGUGCAGUACUACACUUGUAGCAUUUUUUUUUUUGCUUCCUGAGGGGCCAGGAAGUACUUUGGGGCUGUAUUGGCCUCAUGAGCUCGGAUUGAGGGCAACUUUUGCCACUAAUUCCCGUUCUUGGUCCUCAGGCGGCUCACUUUUCCACUUUUGCAAAGUAGUCGUUUUUAAUAUUCUUUCUCCCCAGACCAAACAAAAAAUAAACACGAGAGGGAAGGAAAAAUCGAAGACUUAUGCUCCUGGCUUUAUGAUGACCCGGGGUGACCCGGGAUCCGCUUCUAGGAAUUUCAUGCAGGCCCAGUUCCUUCCCUCUAGAGCUCCCACACAGAUUAGGACUGUCAUUGUGCACGCGCAUGCGAGUUUCCAGCACCCCUCCCCCAACUGCUACCCAGUGGCCUGGGGCCAGGCACGUGAGGAAAAUUUUACCCUAAGGCUCUCAAGGCUUGAGCACCCGGAUGGGGAGUUGAUCUUGGGCUUUUGGAAACGGAGGCAGAACGGCUUCAGAACUGCAGUUCUCAUGUGAGGAGGGCUGUUGUCACCUGCUUCUCAGCAGGGUGCUGUGGUCGCCAUGGAAAUAGACCUGUCCGGUAUUGUAAAAGGUGCCAUUCAAACCACCAUAGUAAUGAAGUUGGGGCAACAGGAGCCACUGCAGAGACCCACCUGUACCAGACAUCACCUCCUCCCAUUAACACACGGGAAUGUGGGGCUGAGGAGCUUGUGUGCACAGUGGAGGCUGUGAUUAGCUUGCUAAAGGAAGCUGAGUUUCAUGCUGAGCAGAGGGAAUAUGAACUAAACCGACGAAGACAAAUGGGGCUUUCUUCUUCCCACCACUCCUUGGAUAAUACUGACUUUGAUAACAAAGAUGAUGAUAAACAUGACCAACGACUGCUCAGCCAAUUUGGAAUUUGGUUCUUAGUGAGUCUUUGUACCCCUAGUGAGAAUACACCUACUGAAAGCUUAGCCAGACUGGUUAGCAUGGUCUUUCAGUGGUUCCACUCCACAGCUUACAUGAUGGAUGAUGAAGUCGGAAGCUUAGUGGAAAAGCUGAAACCUCAGUUUGUCACCAAGUGGUUGAAGACCGUGUGUGAUGUUCGCUUUGAUGUCAUGGUCAUGUGCCUGCUUCCCAAACCAAUGGAAUUUGCCAGGGUUGGUGGGUACUGGGACAAGUCCUGCAGCACUGUGACUCAGCUAAAGGAAGGUCUCAACCGCAUUCUUUGCCUGAUACCCUACAAUGUGAUCAGUCAGCCUGUGUGGGAAUGCAUCAUGCCAGAGUGGUUAGAAGCCAUCAGAACAGAAGUCCCAGAUAACCAGCUAAAAGAAUUCAGGGAAGUAUUAAGCAAAAUGUUUGACAUUGAGCUUUGCCCUCUCCCUUUCUCAAUGGAAGAGAUGUUUGGAUUCAUCAGUUGCCGGUUCACGGGAUAUCCCUCUUCUGUGCAGGAGCAAGCUUUACUAUGGCUUCAUGUGUUAUCAGAACUAGACAUUAUGGUGCCACUUCAGCUCCUAAUAAGCAUGUUUUCUGAUGGAGUUAAUUCUGUCAAAGAGCUAGCAAAUCAAAGAAAAUCAAGAGUCAGUGAACUGGCAGGGAGUCUUGCAGCUCGAAGGGUGAGUGUUGCCUCUGAUCCUGGUCGUCGAGUUCAACAUCAUAUGUUAAGUCCAUUUCCCAGCCCUUUCCAAAGCCCUCUCCGAAGUCCCAUGCGCAGUCCAUUUCGGAGCCCUUUCAAGAACUUUGGACAUUCAGGAGGAAGGACUAUUGACUUUGAUUGUGAAGAUGACGAAAUGAAUCUGAAUUGUUUUAUUCUUAUGUUUGAUCUUUUGCUGAAGCAGAUGGAGUUACAAGAUGAUGGAAUCACCAUGGGCUUAGACAACAGUCUGUCUAAAGACAUCAUGUCCAUUAUAAAUAAUGUCUUCCAAGCCCCUUGGGGGGGUUCUCAUACAUGCCAGAAGGAUGAAAGAGCUAUUGAGUGCCACUUGUGCCAGUCAAGCAUCCUUUGCUAUCAGCUGGGGUGUGAUCUCCUAGAACGACUGGCUCCCAAAGAAGAAAGCCGGCUAGUGGAGCCCACCGACAACCUUGAAGACAGUCUUCUCUAUUCCCGACCAGAGUUUAUAAUAGGUACUGAAGGAGAAGAAGAAGAGAACCCAGUCUCAAAGCAUGGAGAAAACCCAGGAAAUCACAAUGAACUCCCUGAAAAUAUUGUGAUAAAGAAUGAUACUGAAAGAAAAUUUUGUUACCAGCAACUUCCGGUGACUCUAAGGCUAAUAUAUACCAUUUUCCAGGAAAUGGCAAAGUUUGAAGAGCCUGACAUUCUUUUUAACAUGCUCAACUGCCUGAAGAUUCUCUGUCUUCAUGGAGAGUGUUUGUACAUUGCAAGGAAGGAUUAUCCACAGUUUUUAGCCUACAUUCAGGAUCAUAUGUUAAUUGCCAGCCUUUGGAGAGUUAUCAAAUCUGAAUUCUCCCAGUUGUCUUCACUAGCUGUUCCUCUCCUUCUUCAUGCUCUGUCACUUCCUCAUGGUGCUGAUAUCUUCUGGACAAUCAUAAAUGGCAACUUCAAUAGCAAAGAUUGGAAAAUGAGGUUUGAAGCAGUGGAGAAAGUGGCAGUCCUGUGCCGGUUUCUGGACAUUCAUUCAGUGACUAAAAACCAUCUGCUGAAGUACUCUUUGGCGCAUGCCUUCUGCUGCUUUCUGACAGCUGUAGAGGAUGUCAACCCUGCGGUGGCUACAAGAGCAGGGCUCUUGCUUGAUACCAUAAAGAGGCCAGCUUUACAGGGUCUAUGUCUAUGCCUUGACUUCCAGUUUGAUACAGUUGUUAAAGAUAGACCCACAAUUCUUAGCAAGCUUUUACUCCUACAUUUUCUAAAGCAAGACAUACCUGCAUUGAGCUGGGAAUUUUUUGUUAAUAGAUUUGAGACCCUUUCCUUGGAGGCUCAGCUGCAUUUGGAUUGCAACAAAGAGUUUCCUUUUCCAACAACGAUCACUGCUGUAAGGACCAAUGUUGCUAACCUCAGUGAUGCAGCAUUGUGGAAGAUCAAGAGAGCUCGUUUUGCAAGGAAUCGCCAGAAAAGUGUGCGUUCCCUGAGAGACAGCGUGAAAGGGCCCGUGGAAUCAAAGAGGGCACUAUCCCUUCCUGAAACUCUAACCUCCAAAAUUCCUGUGAGGUUGACCAGGCAUGAGCAGUCUGCUCCAGCUCUCGGUGGGACACCUGAACAAACGCCAGGGCAACAGUCUCCUGAGAAUGAUAAUACAAUAAAGGACCUACUCCCUGAGGAUGCUGGGAUUGACCAUCAGACAGUCCACCAGCUGAUUACAGUUUUAAUGAAGUUUAUGGCUAAAGAUGAGAGUAGUGCUGAGUCAGACAUCAGUAGUGCUAAGGCAUUUAACACAGUCAAACGACACUUAUAUGUUUUACUUGGUUAUGACCAGCAAGAAGGAUGCUUUAUGAUAGCCCCUCAAAAAAUGCGCCUCUCAACUUGUUUCAAUGCAUUUAUUGCUGGAAUUGCACAAGUGAUGGAUUAUAACAUCAAUCUGGGAAAACAUCUUCUCCCUUUAGUGGUUCAAGUACUUAAGUACUGCUCUUGUCCUCAGUUGCGACAUUAUUUUCAACAGCCACCUCGUUGCUCCCUGUGGUCUCUGAAGCCUCAUAUUCGGCAGAUGUGGUUGAAGGCAUUACUUGUUAUUCUUUAUAAGUACCCAUACCGAGAUUGUGAUAUCAGCAAGGUUAUGUUGCAUCUCAUCCAAAUAACAGUCAAUACGCUCAAUGCACAGUAUCACAGCUGUAGACCACAUGCUACUGCAGGACCUUUGUACAGUGACAACAGUAACAUCAGCAGAUACAGUGAGAAAGAAAAAGAGGAAGAUAGUGUUUUUGAUGAAUCUGAUAUUCAUGAUACACCUACUGGACCCUGCAAUAAGGAGUCUCAAACUUUUUUUGCAAGAUUGAAAAGGAUAGGCGGCAGCAAAAUGGUGAAAUAUCAACCGGUUGAGAUGAAUGUGCAGAGAAGUGAAAUAGAACUGGCUGAAUAUAGAGAAACGGGUGCAUUUCAAGACAGCAUUCUACGCUGUGUGAGAGAAGAAAGCAUUCAGAAAAAAAAGCUGCGCUCUUUAAAACAAAAAUCUCUUGAUAUAGGGAAUGCAGACUCCCUGUUGUUUACAUUAGAUGAGCAUCGUAGGAAGUCCUGCAUAGACCGAUGUGAUAUAGAUAAGCCAUCCACCCAUGCUGCUUACAUCACACACAGACAAAAUGAUUAUGGAAGACCCAGACAGAAUUCUUCUACGAGGCCAGACAAUACAGAAAUUCCUGAAAACCCCACUAUAGAAGGCUUUCAAGAAACCCGAAGACCAGUAAUACCAGAAGUCCGAUUAAACUGCAUGGAGACAUUUGAGGUGAAAGUUGAUUCUCCAGAAAAACCUUCUACUCCUAAAGAGGAUUUAGAUCUGAUUGAUUUGUCAUCAGAUUCUACAUCAGGACAUGAAAAGUGCUCUAUUCUCUCCACAUCAGACAGUGACUCUCUUGUCUUUGAGCCCCUUCCUCCUCUCCGAAUAGUGGAAAGUGAUGAAGAGGAAGAAACGAUGGAACAAGGUACCGAGGGUGUCUCUAAUAAAAAUACUUUAUCCUUUCCCUCAACUCCUACUGGGUCCUCUGUGCUUAGCUUAAGCACAACUCCCCUCGUGCAAGUCAGUGUAGAAGAUUGCUCUAAAGACUUUACUUCUAAGGUCAGAAGAAAUAGUCAGUCAUCAGGGAAAAAAGAAACUCCUCCCCAGCUUUCUGAAGAGCGAAAAGAUAGUGAAGAAUUAUCAAAACUAGAGACACUUCAGGAAUUUUCUUGUGGUAGUCCACUCACUCUGAAACAGAAGAGGGACCUUCUGCAGAAAUCUUUUGCCCUUCCUGAGUUGUCAAUUGAUGACAGCACUGAGCUUAGCAUGGAGGAAGAAAAGGAAGAUCAACAGGGCUCAAGUUCAUGUACCAAAACGGUCCUCCUUAAAGUUCCUGAAGAUGCUGAGAGUCAGUCUGAAAGUGAAAAGCCUGAUGCCAGUGCUGAGUCUGACACAGAGCAGAAUGUUGAGCAAAAGGCAGGAGAGGAUGGAACUGAGGAAUCUGAAUUUAAGAUCCAGAUUGUGCCCAGGCAAAGGAAGCAGAGGAAGAUUGCUGUUAGUGCUAUCCAGAGAGAGUACCUGGACAUUUCCUUCAACAUUCUAGACAAACUGGGAGAACAGAAAGAGUCAGAUCCUUCUGCUAAAGGACUUUCAACUUUGGAAAUGCCCAGGGAAUCUUCCUCUGCACCAACAUUAGAAGCAGGCAUGCCAGAAACAAGUAGCCAUUCUUCUAUAUCAACUCAGUAUAGGCAAAUGAAAAGGGGAUCAUUGGGAGCUCUGACAAUGAGCCAAUUAAUGAAGCGACAGCUGGAACAUCAGUCUAGCGCCCCUCACAACAUCAGCAACUGGGACACUGAACAGAUACAGCCUGGGAAGCGUCAAUGUAAUGUGCCAAUAUGCCUAAACCCUGAACUGGAGGGACCACCACUAAGAAUGAGAGGUGCUACUAAAUCCAGCCUGCUGUCAGCGCCCAGCAUAGUCAGCAUGUUUGUACCUGCACCAGAGGAAUUCACUGAUGAACAGCCCACGAUGAUGACUGACAAGUUCUUUCCCUACUCUUUAAACAAUUUCCCUUCUUUCCUCCUGGAAAUGCCAUCAAUUUCCCUAUUUCUGUUGAGGGCACCACCAUCCUCCCAGUCACCCAGAUGCCAUGACUGUGGUGCCAUUCUUGAAGAAUAUGAUGAAGAAACACUAGGACUGGCCAUUGUAGUGCUCUCUACAUUCAUCCACCUAAGUCCAGACCUUGCAGCUCCUUUGUUGCUGGAUAUCAUGCAGUCUGUGGGAAGAUUGGCAUCCAGUACCAGUUUUUCCAACCAAGCAGAAAGUAUGAUGAUCCCUGGUAAUGCCGCAGGGGUGGCAAAGCAAUUUCUCCGCUGUAUCUUCCAUCAGCUAGCCCCCAAUGGGAUAUUCCCACAGCUGUUCCAGAGCAGUAUAAAAGAUGGGAGUUUUUUACGAACCUUGGCUACAUCUCUCAUGGACUUCAAUGAGCUUAGUUCCAUUGCUGCACUCAGUCAGCUGUUGGAGGGUUUGAAUAACAAAAAGAAUUUGCCAGCAGGGGGUGCCAUGUUACGCUGCUUAGAAAACAUUGCCACCUUUAUGGAAGCUUUGCCAAUGGAUUCUCCAAGCAACCUCUGGACCACCAUCAGUAACCAAUUUCAAACUUUCUUUACCAAACUGCCUUGUGUUUUACCUCUGAAGUGUUCUUUAGAUUCCAGUUUGAGAAUAAUGAUCUGCCUCCUGAAGAUACCAACCACCAGUGCUACAAGGAGUCUGCUGGAACCAUUUUCAAAACUGCUCAGCUUUGUCAUUCAAAAUGCUGUCUUCACAUUGGCCUACCUGGUGGAAUUGUGUGGCUUAUGUUACAGAGCUUUUACUAAGGAGCGGGAUAAAUUCUACUUGUCUCGUAGUGUUGUCUUAGAGCUACUCCAAGCUCUGAAGUUAAAGUCUCCUUUGCCAGAUACAAACCUACUACUGCUGGUCCAGUUUGUUUGUGCAGAUGCUGGAACCAAACUAGCUGAGUCAACAAUCCUGCACAAGCAGAUGAUUGCAUCCAUGCCCGGAUGUGGAACAGCAGCCAUGGAAUGCAUGCGACAAUAUGUUAAUGAAGUACUGGACUUUAUUGCUGACAUGCAUACAUUAACCAAGCUGAAGAGUCACAUGAAAACAUGCUCUCAGCCUUUGCAUGAAGAUACCUUUGGUGGACAUCUCAAAGUUGGACUGGCUCAGAUUGCAGCCAUGGAAAUCACAAGAGGCAACCACAGGGAUAAUAAAGCUGUUAUUCGCUACCUCCCCUGGCUGUAUCACCCUCCCUCUGCAAUGCAACAAGGACCUAAAGAAUUCAUUGAGUGUGUUUCUCAUAUCCGCCUGCUGUCCUGGUUGCUUCUGGGUUCUCUCACACAUAACUCUGUGUGUCUAAAUCCCUCAUCUCCCUGUAUGCCAAUUCCUCUGGAUGCAGGAUCCCACAUUGCAGAUCAUCUUAUCGUUAUCCUGAUUGGAUUUCCUGAGCAAUCAAAGACAUCUGUGUUGCAUAUGUGUUCCCUUUUCCAUGCAUUUAUCUUCGCUCAACUAUGGACAGUCUACUGUGAACAAACUGCAGUUGCUCCCUCUGUCCAAAAUCAGAAUGAAUUUAGCUUUACAGCCAUCCUUACUGCACUGGAGUUCUGGAGUCGGGUGACACCUAGCAUUCUACAGCUAAUGGCACACAACAAAGUGAUGGUAGAAAUGGUAUGUCUCCAUGUGAUCAGCUUGAUGGAAGCCCUGCAAGAAUGCAAUUCAACCAUUUUUGUCAAGCUCAUACCUAUGUGGCUGCCAAUGAUUCAGUCAAAUUUGAAGCAUUUAUCAGCUGGACUACAACUACGACUUCAAGCAAUUCAGAACAACGUGAACCACCACAGCCUGAGGAUGCUGCAGGGCUCUGGACAGACAAGCACGAGCUCAUCCGCACUCCGGAAGUGGCUCCAGUGCACCCAGUUCAAAAUGGCCCAGGUGGAGAUCCAGUCCUCAGAAGCUGCCUCCCAGUUCUACCCUCUAUGAACAGGGUGUGUCGCUUCUAGCGUGAACGCUCUGGUUCAGCAAUAACGGGGUUCCAGACAAAUACUAGGAUCCACGCAGGUUUGAGAAGGCACUGGGGACAAUCUGCACCCGCUCCGUAGUUUAGGUACAGACAUGCGGAGCCUGCCGAUGGCCGUGUCGAAGCUUUCCUGCUUCACCUGUUUCUGACGUCUCCUUGGGCUAGCCGAUUAAGUGUUUCCUUACAUUCUUUUUUAAGAACCAAAUCAUUUCUCUUUAACUGACUUCUAUUUUUUUUAAGAAGAAAAAAAAUAGACUGGUGGGCACUCACAGAAAAGUUGUAUAAGUCCCCCUGUUGCUAUUUUUGAUGACAGAGAAUAAAUAGGGUUUUUGAA